AUGGGAAACAAAAGGAAAAAUAGAAAUUCCAUUUAAAGCAACACAGAUUUAUCUAAGGUUGAAGAGCCAGAAGAAAAUGUUCCUGUAAAGAACAUUAAAAAGUCUAGCUCUUACUCUGGGUCAAGAAAUUCAAAUCCAUUUAGCAUUGUUCCUGAUAAUUUUUCUGAUAAGAAUGACUCUGAUAAUAGCUCUGACAAAGAUCAAUUUGAAGAACUUGAAAGCAUUUCUUAGUUCAAUGGAGGAGUUAGCCAAAGAAAAUCAAGUUAUGGAAAGCAAUCCUCAGUGAGUGCUGUAAGCUAUUCUACAGAUUUUAAUAAUAAUUCUGAGAUUUAGAGUGAAUUUUCCAAAAAUGAUUAAUCGGAAGCAGGACAAAAUAAAAAGCUUAAAAAAAAGGGAAGUAAAAAGAAAGAAAAAACUCUUCAAAUGUAUGAUGAAAGAUACGAACCUACUAAACUACCUUCAAGAGAUGAUGUCAAUGAAAUUAUGGUUCAUUUAAAAAUGGCAAGCUAGAAGUCUUGGCAAGUAUUUUUGGGAUUUAUACAAUGGAUUGCUGUAAAGCUUUUAGCAUUAGUUGUACUUAUCAUAUAAGUUGUCCUUUUGAUAGUCGGCUUUAUCUGGAAAGUAAUAACUACAGUGUUUUAUCAUACCAUGAGAAUUAUAUUCAGUGUAUUUCCUAUCCUAAAUAGCAUACUUUUAAAAAAACAUGAUAAAAAAGACCCAUUUAAGAGAUCCUAAAACAAUAUAAAUAUGAAAAGAAUCAUCAAUCAAGAGAGAGAAGAUUAACUCAACUCUUUGCAAUCUAAUCCUUCAAUGAAGAAAAGAUUCACAUUAGCUCUUGAUCUAGAUGAAACUCUUGUAUAUACUUAACCAUAUAAGUAAAAACUUAAAGAAAAAGUAAACGAAUAGGACAAUCCCGAUAUCGUGCAAGUCAUUCAUCCAUCUUAGCAGUCAGUCUAAUUUUUUACUCUUAAAAAAAGACCUGGUUUAGAUAUAUUUUUGCUUGAAAUGAGUAAAAUAUUUAAUUUAGUAAUUUACUCUUCUGCUUAAAAGUAGUAUGUUGAUGCUAUUGUAGAUAAAAUUGAUACUAAUAAAUUGAUAGUUAAGCGUCUGUAUAGAGAUUAAUGCUUUAAAUACCCAGGGCUUUAUAUCAAAGAUAUUUAACAAGUAGGUAGUAUUGAAAGCUCAAUUAUUUUAGAUAACUCCUAAGAAGCCGUAUAAUUAGAUUUUAACAACUCCCUCAUUAUUCCUUCCUUUAGAGGUGAUGAAAGUGAUCAACACCUCUACACUUAUUCUAAAAUUUUAUAGUAUGCCGCUGAAUGCAGUAAAUAAAAAAAUACAAACAUCUCUGAUUAGCUUUAGCUCAUUAAAUAAGAUUUAUGA